AACGCACGCACGGCACACACUGCACUGCACGCCCGCCCACCUGCCUGCCUAUAUAGCCCGCGGCAGCCGUGCCGUACGUGCCGGCGGAGUGGCAUUAUUCGGCAGCACGUCCCUGCCUGCUCAGCUGCACACACACGGCGCGGCACGGGAAGCGAGCGAGCAGCCGCCGUCCGGCGGGCCGGGCGCGCGCGGCGCUGCCCCCCCUGCUUCGCCGGUGCGCUCACGCAGGUACGCCCCCGUACGGGUCGGCAAGAGCUCGUCGUAGUCGUAGCACGGAGACGGCUUUAUUUUCUUGUUGCCGUCGUGUUCCUCUCCCUCGCCGGCUUUUCGAGCGGUGGACGGCCGCUCUGCUAUCUUUCUCUGCUCCUCGCCUCCUCCCGGUCGGCGUCUAUCCUCCUCCUGUCAUCUCUCUAUCUUUUCUCUGCUCGCGUCUUCCGUGUCCUUCCGUCGGUGCGACGGUGUCUCACGUCUGGUCGGCGGCGACGCCCGGCGAGGUCCUGAAGCUGACGCAUAGAAGGUGAUUAGGUGCAUGCACAGCACAACAACGAAGGGGAAAGGUGCGAGCAAUGGACGCUGACGCCGGACCAGAGCGAUACGGGUGCGUGCACUACAGGAGGAAAUGCAAGAUACGGGCGCCGUGCUGCGGCGAGGUAUUUGAUUGCAGGCACUGCCACAACGAAGCUAAGGAUUCACUCGAGGUCAGCAUCCAAGACCGCCACGUGGUUCCACGUCACGACAUCAAGCUGGUUAUCUGCUCUCUCUGCAAUAAAGAACAGGAUGUACAGCAAGAUUGUUCAAAUUGUGGAGCAUGUCUCGGUAAAUACUUCUGCGCGAAAUGCAACUUCUUCGAUGAUGAUAAGUAUUCCAUCUUCUGUUUUCUCCGGUUUUGUGUCGUGUUCCCUGACAUUUCAGGUAUCAAAGAACCAAUUUCACUGUGAUGGAUGCGGCAUAUGUAGAACUGGUGGUGCAGAAAAUUUCUAUCACUGUGAUAAAUGCGGUUGCUGCUAUACCUCUCUAUUGAAGGAUUCUCACCGUUGCGUGGACAGAGCUAUGCAUAACAACUGCCCCGUAUGCAUUGAGUAUCUAUUCGACUCGACGAAAGCUAUCAGUGUGCUUCAUUGUGGACACACGAUUCACCUGGAAUGCCUGUACGAGAUGAGAGCGCAUCAGCAGUUCUCAUGCCCGGUUUGCCUGAGGUCUGCCUGCAACAUGUCCGACAUAUGGCAAAAGCUGGAUCAAGAGGUUGCAGCGUCCCCGAUGCCGGCGAUCUAUCAGAAGAAGAUGAUAUGGAUCCUGUGCAACGACUGUGGCAUGACGGCGAACGUGCAGUUCCACAUAUUGGCGCACAAGUGCCCUGGAUGCAGCUCUUACAACACCCGGCAGACGAGGGGCGAUCCAGCUGCAUGCUCCAGAGUUUAAGAACAAGUCACGAAAAGCAAAGAAACGAGACUGCAGUGCGCAGAGGCGCUCGUGUGUGAUCGAUCAAUAAGCUCUAGGCCCGUAGUAGCUGUAGGAAGGGAAGAAGGCCCUGCACAUGAACACGAUCGGUGCCGGUCAUUUAUAUUGUUAGCUGAUAUGUAUAUGCUCCGAGCAAAUAAGCAUUUGCCGCAUCGGACACAAUACAAAUUUCUUUAGUUUUUUUUAUUUGAGAUGGAAAUAUGGAAUAUCUCUCUUUUUCUUUUGCUAA